GUUAUUUCUGUAUUUAGGUUGCUGACAGAGGCUCCGCUGACUGACCGGCCGUUCCGCCAAUGAGAGCGCGGCCUGGUCCCGUGCAGGGCUGUGAUUGGUCGGCGCGGUGACGGAGGGGCGGGGCCGUGAGAUUACAGCAUCUCUCUGUCUGCGGAUCCAGCGGACAUCUGGAGCAGCCCUGCCCGGGAAUCAAGCCUCCGAGCGCCGCCAUCCCGCUCCGAACCUGCCCGGGAUUCGCCGUUUGUUUCCCGGUAAAAACGCAGCCGGGCUCCGGUGUUGUUGUCGCGGCUCUCCGGGCUGGAUCUCCACCGGGAGGCUGCCGGGCUCCGGAGGGACCGUUUCUCCUGCUAAAAUCACGGAAAUACGAAUAAAACCCGGGAGGGGGAUGAUGGACUGAACUGAUCCGACAUCUGAGAGGGUUUUAGGCCCGAUGGAAGCUGCGACACAUCUGGACCUGGUGCGCCUGGAUCCCGGUUCCUGCUCUAGUCCGCAGUAGAGAGCCCCGUGCGUCUCUGAGGAUUUCAUUUAUUUGUUUCUUUGUGAGUUUUUCAGUUCUGGUCUUUCUCUCUGAUCAGCGGUCCUGGUCGAGAGUUUUCGGGAGCAGGCGGAUCCUCCUCCUCCUGGUCUGGAUUAAAGCCCAUCGGGAUCAUGAAUCAUCCCCCCUCUGCUCCUCUAAUCUCGGCUUUACCGAGCUGGAUUUAAAUCUGAGAUCUGAUCUGGAUUACUCUGCUCCUGGUUCUGAUCGGGUCACACCUGACCCGGUCUGAACCGGUCCCGGUCCUGGUGUGAACUUGGACUCGUUCCUGGUCCUCUCGGUCCUGGUUUGGGGAGUUCUGCUGUCGCCAUGCCGACGUCCCGGCCUGGUUCGGAGCCGGUGGAGUUCUGGGUGGACGGGUCGAGGCGGGACGGGGCGGUGGAGGAGUUCUACACCCUGAGCUCCGAGCUGGGCAGAGGAGCGACGUCCAUCGUGUAUCGCUGUGAGGAGAAACAGACUCAGAAACCCUUCGCCAUCAAAGUCCUCAAGAAAACGAUCGACAAGAAAAUAGUUCGCACCGAAAUCGGCGUCCUGCUGCGUCUUUCCCACCCAAACAUUAUCCAGCUGAAGGAGAUCUUCGAGACGGACACCGACAUCGCUCUGGUGCUGGAGCUGGUGACAGGAGGAGAGCUGUUCGACAGGAUCGUGGAGCGUGGCUACUACAGCGAGAGAGACGCCGCUCACGUCAUCAAACAGAUCCUGGAGGCCGUGGCGUAUCUGCACGAGAACGGCGUCGUGCAUCGUGACCUCAAACCGGAGAACCUGCUGUACGCCGACCUGUCGCUGGACGCUCCGCUGAAGAUCGCUGACUUUGGUCUUUCCAAAAUCAUCGAUGACCAGGUGACCAUGAAGACCGUCUGUGGUACACCGGGGUACUGCGCUCCAGAGAUCCUGCGGGGAAAUGCCUACGGCCCUGAGGUGGACAUGUGGUCGGUGGGCGUCAUCCUCUACAUCCUACUCUGUGGGUUCGAGCCCUUCUUUGACCCGAGGGGGGAUCAGUACAUGUACAGCCGCAUCCUCAACUGCGACUACGAGUUUGUGUCUCCAUGGUGGGACGAGGUCUCCCUCAAUGCCAAGGAUUUGGUCAGUAAGCUGAUCGUCCUCGACCCUCACAAGCGCCUCAGCGUCCGGGAGGCCCUGCAGCACCCCUGGGUGCUGGGCAAAGCUGCCCGCUUCUCCCACAUGGACACCACCCAGAGGAAACUACAGGAGUUCAACGCUCGACGCAAACUUAAGGCUGCCAUGAAGGCCGUCGUGGCCACCAGUCGGAUGCACGAGGGCUCGCGGCGUCGUACCGACAGCUGUGAGAUUCCAGGCUCGGGGGCUUCCAGGCAGAGCAGCAUGCAGCAGGACCCGCCUCCUGAGUCAACAAGCCCCGCCCCCGCAGACAAAGACGCCCUGCCCCCGGAUCAACAGCGGGCUCAGGAAGACGAAUCAAAGCCCGCCAACCAAAGUGCCCUCAGCCCCUCCCCUCCACGUAGCCCCAAACCACCCAGUUCUGAUGUCACGCCCACAGGCCCCGUCCCCACCAGACCACCGCUGCGGGUCUCCAAAACCAUGCCAGUCCAGCCCCGACUGCCACAGAAGAGCUGCUCCGUGGUAGAGCCUGCCUCCAGGAUCGAGGCCAAGCCCAAGCUGGCCACGCCUCCGAGUCCGAGCAGCCUCAGCAACGGCUUCACACCGCCGGCAGAGCCAGCCAGUAAGACCACCCACUGCCAGUGAUCACCUGACAGAGCGGAGAAGCUUCACUCUGCUUCAGUUUCACACAACCACAAAAGUAAUGAGGUUUAGCCUUCCAUUAACUCUUUACAAACAUCUAAAAUCAUUUAUUGGGACCAAAUUAAACCAGAAACUAAAGUAUCUAACAUCCACAGCUAACAUUUAACCAGUACUACAAAAACAACUUCCAUUUCUGUAGUUUUGCUGUUGCCUACGUAGCCUACUCACUGAGGGUUUGUGGGGUGCAGCCUGGACAGCUUUUACUGCUGAGCUGCAGGUUUUUCAGAAUGAAGGAUGGAGAUGAUUUAGGAUAUGGAAAAACAAAAGGCAUUUGUCCCAUAUCAGGAUUUACGAGCGACUAAAUCUCCUCUGAUCUUGUUGCUGUGGUAAGAAAAACAACUAAGCGCUCAAAGAAAUGCUUCCAAGGUCUUUACAUGGACAGAAAGUAAUUCUUCUCAUGUAAACAUAAUUUUAAACGAAAAUGCUGCGUUCAUGGCGUCCAUGGUGUUGAACGGUGUGCUCGGUAGGUGUGCUUACUUUCUGUUGUGACCAGGACUUUCAUUCUGUGGCACGUUAGCUAGCUGGCUCCCUCCUAAUUACUGAGUUAGACCCCUCAUGACAGUGUCAUGUCAUGUGACAAUAUCACAGUGCAUUUUUGAAGCAUGCUAACCAUCAGAAAACUCACAAAGAAAACUGAAAAGGGUUAAACUCUCACACUUAGCUGCUCAAAUCAAACUAAAACGGUGUCUCUGGCUGUGUUUGGUGGCUCUUCUUACCACAGUAAUGAAAGUUCAGCUCUCGGACUGAAGAGCAGCGUUGUGUAUUCCAAAUUUAACUCAACUGCACAUAUAAAUUAGCAUGUUUGCAACCAAAAGAAGCAUUGCAUUGAUCUGUAUCUGGAUAAAUUAUCUGGAUGAUGACAUCCGAUCAGACCCUCACAUAGGCACCUCGUAUUAAAGGAUAAUUCCGGUAUAUUUCAAACCUCGGUCUUAUUCUAACUAUGCUAACUUUACACUCGCCACCCCCAUUGUAGAGAUUCAGGAAACUCUGGCAAAACAGUGUACACUGGGACAAGCAGGCUCCUAAAGCUUUCAAAGUCAAUUUCAGUUUUACAGAAAUUAUUUCCAAAUGAAAGUCAACACAGAACGUAGCCUCCUGGACAAGCUACUGUAGCUAACUCAGUGGUUCUCAAACUAGAGGCGUAGCUAGCAGCAUAGAGCCACUGCAGGGGGGGGCGUGGAUGAGCAGGGGGAAAUAUGGAGUGGAACUAAGUAGAUUAAACAUGAUUUAUGUAGGAAAAUUUAAAAAAAACAAGACUUUGCUGAUACUAUUGUGCUGCCCUGAAUCAUUUCUUUUAUUUCAAUCUAAGGGCGGGUUCACACUAAAGGUCCAGUCCCUGAAUCGAACCAACGCGAGGAUGAUUGUUUCAAAAUUCGAACUGGUCAAGAAAUUGUAAACAAAAGCCAUGUGGUGGAAAUGUCGUUCUAUUAUUGGUCUUACAGUCUGCGGGUAAAAAGACAGUAAACCCCUCCGAAUUUCUACCUGGAUAUCGAACUUCAUGGAGCGCCGUCAGGUUCUGUUCAUGUUGAUGUUGAUCUGGAGCGCAUUUCAGCAGACUUAAGAGGACUGCGCAUAUAAACGUCUCGUAGCACAGCGGGUAUUAAAUAAUCUAAUUAUGGUCCAAGACCACCCCUUCGAGGCGGACCAGAGAGCGGUUGUUUGGUCCGUACCAAAGUUUGAGUCCAGCGUUUACACAAACCCAAAUGAACCGCAAGGGGGUAAACGCUCCAGGGUUCGGUUCAACCGGACUAAACAAGGCUGGUGUGAACCCGCCCUAAUUUAACUUAGCUCCUCUUUUAUUUGCUGCUCCCCCAAUGUUGUUAAUGAUUGAUAAGAAUUUAUCGAUUGUUUAUGUGUGGUGGGGGGGCAUGAACUUUUUUCAGCUUCUGAAGGGGGGCAUGACAGAAAAAGGUUUGAGAACCACUGAGCUAACUGCACAGGGAUCUAUUCAAGUCAGUAUAGUUUAUAUAUCCAAAAUUCACAAAUUUGCCGAACACCUCCAAAUGGGGUCUAAACAGUCUGAUUGUAAUGUGUUGCUGCAUUUACACCUGCAUUAAUAUGAGUUUUCAUUGAUCCAGAUCAGAUAUACAGAUAGAUCACACGUUGAUACCAUGUGGAAAGCGGGUCAAACAUUUUUAGUGAUUGUGGUGGAUUCUCCUAUAUUCAGGAACUGAAUCCAGACGACUGAACCUCAAUCUGAUUAAUCCUGGUUUUUAUCUUCAGAGACGAGCCAAAUGUGGAGCUUCGUUUUGGUCACAAACUUGCAUUUUAGCUCUGAGUUACAUCAGUUUGGUCUGUAGUUUACUGCCACUUUAAAGGAACAGUUCAACAUUUUGGGGAAUACACUUUUUCACUUUCUUUGAUUAGUGAGAUGUUCAGAUGGUUAUCAAUCUCAUGUCUGUGUGUCAAAUACAGAGCUGGAGUCCAGCUGUGGUUAGCCUAGCUUAGCAUCAAGAGUGGAAGUGAGGGGAAACAGCUAGCCUGGCUUUGUCCAAAGUUCAACAAAACACCUACAAACACUUUUAAAGCUCAACAUUUUGCUGGGCGGAUGGAUACACUGUUCUUUGUCAAGAAACCGUUCCGGCUCGUAACUCCCACUAAAAUCCCCAACCUGUGAUUUGGACAUUUCUGUUCAUUGGUAGGUGUAUUUUUGAGCUCCAUACUUAACUCACAAACAUGAGCUUGAUAUCCGUCUGAACAUCUCACUGUCAAAGAGAGAGACUACGAGAGUAUUUCCUAAAAUGUUGAACUGUUCCUCAAAGUUCUGAUCUGGGACAAACAGAGACUCUGGUCUCCUCUCCGGCUUCUCCUCCUUCUCCUGGUACAGAAGGUGAAUUUUUCCUCGGACGCUCAGGACAGAGCUGAUUGUAUUUUAUUAAACUCUGGUAACAUGGCACACGUCUGCGUGGACGAGGAGAGAGAGAGAGCAGCUUCAUCUCGCUCGGGUGUUUCUGCUGCUUCUUCUUCUGCAUCCCUUUUAUUGUCAGAGCUUGUGUUGUGCUGCUUCAGAGGCUUCAGACUUUCAUGUUGCUGUAAAACUCUGAGAGGAGAAACAGGAGAUGUCUGGUUCAGUUUGCUUUACGGACGACUUGAAGAGACAAUCUGCUUUGAGUUUUUUAUCCUUUCUACUCUUUACUGUUGACUUUAUUAUGCAGCUGUAUGAGUAGAUAGAUCCAGUCUGUAGCGUUCAGGUAAGUGACGUGUUGUGUUCGUGAGCUUCUAGUAAAACGUUGUGUUGUUUACACUUUAUUAGCAGUGAUGAUGAUCUCUGGUUUGCACUGUACAUAGUUUGGUUUUAGACAGAUUAUUACUGACAUCUUUACUGCUCCACUCGACCACAGACACCUUCUGUGUUCAGACCCCCAAAAAUACCAAAUUUGACCUUUACUGAAAAAUUAAACCCUGUCCUCUGAUCUGAAAUCACACAUUCUACCUCUUUUUGUACAGGGGCUUCCAAAAUGAUAAAAAUGACACAGAUGUCUCUGGAAAGAAAAUAAUGAGGAGCCCAGCAGGCUGCUCAAAGAAAAACACGCAAAUCUACGGUGGCCAAGACAGUCCAAAACAGCACUGCAGUUUGAGAAAACAGAAGCAAGCAUCCUGACGUCAGCUGGUUCAGUUCAAAACAACUCCACAUUGAGUUCAGAGAUGGUGCGUGCAGCAGCUGCAUCAGAGGUUCUGGGUCCGUUUCUCAAACAUCUCAGGGCAGGAAAUCAGUCCCAACUGGCCAGAAAUUCUCAGUGAUGCAUUUAAAGUAAAGAAGUAAAAGCAAUUUAUCAGCGUUCUUAACUCCUAUCUCGUACAAAAUGUAAGCAGGCGAUCGCGUUCAGGCAGAUUUUCCACAAGCGGAGAGACGUUUUGAGACGGUUUAGUGGCAAUAAGCUUAUUAAAAGAUUGUUUUGACAAAAACUGAAUGACCGAUGUCCUCACAACACUUUAUUGUAACGGGGAAAAUGCAGCUGUGACACAGUGAUGAUUCUGUGAAAACCAACAACUUUGGAAGUCAUUAAUCAAACUUUGAUCGCGUUUAUGUGCCUCAUAAAGACAACGAGGGUCCUCAGUGAGAACAGACUGUCAUCUGCAUAAUAAAGGAUAUCUUAACUUAUUUACAGCAAGACAUAACAUUAAUAGCAUCUGUAGCUAAUUUUAAAAAUAUAUAUUUAAAAUAAUACUUGGGCUAUAAUAUUUGAGAGAUACGUUCAUGUUGUUGCAUUUCCCAACACUAGGUGACAUUAAAGAAAGAAAUAUGUUUUGUUGCAUGUAGGGAGCAUAAAAGGUGUGUAGUUGAAGGUGAAUCAGUCAGUGGAAGACAAGAUUAACUACAGCAGCCAGAGACUUUCUAACAUCAUCGCUGUGUCUGUAUCCGUGUUUUAAAAUGACGAGGAUAGACGGGGCUGAUAGGACCAUUUCACACAGCUGACUCAAAUUAACUACUAUUUAAAUUUACACAGGGGCGUAAUUUCCACGAUGGGACUAUAAUACGUUAAAAGUCCUGCCAACAUAAAAAUGUUGAUUCGCUCACCUGAGUCGCCUUCAGUUAUCACCUUGAAAGCAAUGAGUUUAAUGAGCAGCAGCGAGUGUGGAGCAGGGGUUUCGUCUCAUACAGGCUCCCCCACCUUGUUGAAAGAUGCAAAUACAGCUUUACGUAUCAGAAAGUAUCAGGUAUCUACAAAAGAAACUCAAAGUGGUGCACUACAGAGGUUUUGUAACUUCUGUAUUUUUUGUAUCUAUUUUUCUAACUAUAUAUAUAUAUAUAUAUAUAUAUAUAUAUAUAUAUAUAUAUAUAUAUAUAUAUAUAUAUAUAUAUAAGAAUACUAGAUUUCCUUGAAGACUCCAUCUUGAGUAAAAAUCUAAUAGGCUUCCUCCCAAACCACCGCACCACCGACCGUGUGCACACCCUUCACACUUUUAAUUAACAAACGAAAAUGGUAAGACAUUCGCUUGUUUUAUUGACUUCAAGAAAGCUUUCAACUCUAUUUGGCUCUAUCACAGACUUAUGCAUGAUCUGGUUAAAUCAGUGUGUUUGUUAAAAUCGGAGACAAACAAACUGAAUCCUUCACCCAGAGCAGAGGUGUUCGUCAGGGCUGCAGCUUUAUUUAAUGUGUAUAUAGAUGAACCUGCUGUACAGCUGGAUCAGUAAGCUGCUCCAGGCCUCUCCCUCCCAGACAGAGGUGAAGCCUCUGUUUUACGCCGAUGUUCUACUGUCUCCUACUGAACAAGGACGGCAGCGACAGCUGGACGUAGUAGGAAAGUGCUGUCAGACCUGGGCCCUGGCAGGAAAUAUGAAGAAAACUAAUGCCGUGAUUUGUCAAAAACGCCCCAGAUGCCAGGAGAACAAAUACCAGUUUACCAUAAAUAAUAUCAGUGAACACAGUGUGAGUUAUACCUACCUGGGUUUAACCAUAACAGCAUCAGGUGGUUUCAACAUGGCAUUGAAAGCACUAAAAGAAAAAGCUCGAAGAGCUCUAAAUGCAAUUAAGAGACAAAUUUUAUAAUUUUUGAAUUGAAAUUCAAAAUUAAUUGAAUUGAUAUAUAUAUAUAUAUAUAUAUAUAUAUAUAUAUAUAUAUACAUACACACACACACAGAUGGGUGACGAGUGACAAAUGAAAGGGAAAUCCAACAUGAAGUGUCUUAGUGUGGAGUCGGAGCCUCCUGAACAGCUUCAUGCAAAUGUACAUAUGGGAAACAUAACAGCGUUAAUAGUGAGUUUUUAAAAAAAUAAGCUUCUUAUUACAAAUAAGGGUAAAAAGAAUCUACCAAACCUACACCCUGGAAGUUACACACUGGCUGCAUUUAUGUUUUAAGCCAUAUAUGGAUAACCUGAGUUACCUGCCUAUACACAUAGAACCUGCACAUAAUGAAGAGGUGCAUUUUACCACCGUUUAAUAUUUCACGCUGCAACAGUCAGAAAAGUACAACGUGAGAGAAGGAUGCUUAGUAAAUACGUCCUGCUCUGAGGGGGGAGUGUUUCUGUCCACAGGCUGAAUCUCAGCUGCUGAGAUGCUUGAUAAAUACGGGUCCUGGUCUUUCUGCAAGAGCUGUUUGUGUUUGGUUUCCUCAGGUUGCUGUGCUUUUUGUUCUGUCUCAGCCACCGUACAAAAUCCUGACUUGUGAAGAGGAACACAUUUGUCCCUUAAGGGCUUUUCUCUUUAAAGAGGAACCAAACCCCCUCAAACCUCUGGAGUCCCAAAGUUGGGUGCACAAGAUAUAUAAAAAAUAUCUUCUGGCAGGACUGAAGCCUGAAUCCUGACUUGUGCUGGUGCUGGACUGGUAGACGGUUCAGAGACAGGCUGGUGUUUGGGGACAGGUGAGGACAUCGAACACCAGCCAGCAGCAGGUGGACAAUUCAGUACCUGCUGUCACCACUAGAUGUCAGGCUUCACGUAGUCCUGCUGGUCCACUCAGACCCCUUUCAGACCGACAGUGACGGUGGUUUAUCUGACCCCCCUCCCCCCACUUGUGACAGAUUGUAGUUCCUCUUUAAAUAAUUGGAGUUCUGCACGUCUUCUGAUGUGUUACAGCUGGACUCACCUGUCCACAGGUGUUUAGAGCUCCUGCCAAAUGGAGCACACUGGAUAACUAGCUGUCAUGGUAAAAAGCAUGUACUCUGUAUAUUUGAUUGACAUCUAUACUCUUAUGUAUAAACAUGAAUAUUUUGCUUCUAUUUAUCUCGGCUUCUGAGGGACAUUUGGGGGGUUUCGAGGUGGGCGGGGCUAAACUGUAAAUGGUUGUUUUGUGUUUGCAGAGUAAACUUAUAUCUUUUUUAUUUUGAAAUAUGACAUAUAAACUGACAGCGUGGCAGGCGCAGCUGUUACAUGUGUAUCUUUGCAUGUAUUAUUUAAUUUCUGUUGAUCAUAUCUGAUUGAAGAGCGUUCGGCUCCUGCAGGACUGUAACUGAUCUGGGUUCAGUCCGAUUGAAACGAGCUCAGUGUCAGUUUCUUUCUGAGGCAGGAUUCCACAUCACAUGCACAGUAAAGGAUCGUUAAAUCA